CAGGUCGACCAAAAGUGGGGAAAAACACUUUCGCAAAACAAUUGCGUAUUCAUUUUGGGGACGGCUUUCCACCUAGCGCCCGAAUGCAGCUGGUGUCGGCAAUAGUAGCCAACAUAAUGGAUGCUGUCGUUCGUGUAUUGAAAGUACUGCACAAACGUGGGACACAGUUUGAAGACACCUCACUGAGAGAACUUGCCAUCGAAUGGAUAGAGACUCAGCCAGUUGGAGGUUUUCUUUCGAAGCUGCUUCAGACAACUGAAACACAAUCAAUCCGCAAUGAUCUCCGUCGAUCUUCAUGCGUCUGGCAACCUGGUUUCCUGCAGUCAACGCAGUUCACCCCCAAAGUCAGAAUAAGUGUGUCCACGGAUCAGGUACGUGCAAGAGAUGAAAAAAUGUCACAGGCAACAGUCCCCACCCAGAUACUGGAAAAUAAUACUGCCUAUUCACUUUUACGCUGCGGUGAAAAUCGGUCACCGGCCAACGAAAACGCCUUUCUUCAGGACGCACUGCUACGCAUAAUCCAGUAUAAUGAGUCGGUUCCGCCAUCGCUGAUGAAAAAGGUUGAGCAAAUGGGAAAAACAGAAGUAAUCGAGUGGCUGAAAGCGGACUCACUGGAUAUCGGCAAGUUAAUGCUACUGUAUUCGGAGGUCGGUGAUACCCCAGCUGCCGAAAUGUCUGUUGGAUUACCUAGUGACCUUCCUCCGUCUACCCCUAGUGCGUCCCCACCACUGUCUUAUGAGGACGAGCUGCUGGCCAGUAUCGUAGCGGAAAAGGAAGUUAAUUCGGCCAGUAGCCAGUCACUGACCUCAGAAAAUUCCCAAAAUCCUUCCAUUAGUAAUUCGUUGAUCAACAUCAACGGCUCUUCUGCGGAAGCGCACUUUGUAUCUAAAGCAGGAUACUUACAUAAGAAAAACUCUUCGCCCGAAAAUAUACUAAAUAUUGAUAGUGCCGAAGUUGGUAAAAACAGUGACACGCUCAGUUCUGCGAGACAAGUGCAAACGAUGGAGUUGAAUGUCUUCAGAAAUACGAAGUUCGACGGCUCGCCUGAAUGUUUCCUGGGCUCUCGGCUCAAGGCGACUUUAAAGUUAUUCACCGAAGAGGUUCAUGUGCAAGAAAUGUUAUAUAAGCAAAACUGCAGCAACUCAGAGCUGAUGUACGCUGAUUUGUACUUUCUCAAACACGUUGAUCGCUUGAUACAAGACGACUACGUUCCGACACUUCAGGAUAUAUUGGUUAUGCGCCAGCCGUCAAACGCUAUUGGAGAAUCGGUCAUCCGCGCCGGCCAAACCACCGUCAGAUAUAUUACACUACCCGAAGGCGGCAGCAAGAUACGAAAAUACUUGCACUAUUUUGAAUCAGUCAACGUAGUUAUAUUUUUGGUUUCCCUAUCGGAUUGUUUUCGGUCAUUGCACAAUCGGGAACCGAAAGUAAGAAGAUUUGAUGUGACUGAACGUCGCCUUAUUUCAAUUCUAAUAGGACCAUACACUAGACGACAUCGGCAGAUCAAAUACGAACUACAAGCCACAGUGGAUCUUUUUGAGACACUGGUAGUUUCACCGUAUUUGCGCCGAAAGGACUUCAUUGUCUUUUUCAACAAAAUGGAUCAACUACGUCAGGAAAUGAUGUCCACGAUGAAUCAGUCAGAUUGCGAAGGUAAGCACUUCCAAACUUCUUGGUUCCAAUUCGUUAAACCUUAG